AUGGAGCCUCCUUCGAAAAAAAUGCGGACGCUUAUGGAGGAUGAUAGCUCCGACUCUGGUGAUGACUCUGGCGGAGUCCCCAUCAACCACAAGUCCCCUGAGGCCGGUUUCAAGAUCAACGAAGAGUACGCCCGACGGUUCGAAUACAAUAAGAAGCGCGAAGAAGUCCAGAAACUUGAAUCCAAGUACGGAAAGAGCACAGCGGACGAUGAGCCCUCGGACGACGAAUCCUCGGAAGAGGACGAAGAUGAAGAUGGAGAGCUAGUAACAGAGGCAUUGGAUGCUGAAAUCAUGGCUACUCUCAAAGCCAUUCGCUCCAAGGACCCGCGCGUGUAUGAUGCAGACGCGACCUUUUACAGCAAGUUUGAUGAGGACAGUACCCCGAAAGAGAAAAAGGAAAAGCCCAUGACCCUGCAUGACUACCAUCGCGAGAAUCUUCUGAAGGGAACCGAUCCUGCGGAUGAAGACGACACGCCCAAGACCUUUGCUGAGGAACAGGCGGAUCUCAAAAACGCGCUUGUGAAGGAAUUGCAUGCUUCGGACGAGGAGAUGGAGGACGCUGAUGACUUCCUGGUCCGCAAAUCGGAGCCAGAGCCUCUUCCCAAAUCGAAUGUUAAGCUUGACAUUGAGAACGCAGACAAAGAUCCUGAAAAUUUCCUGUCAAACUUCAUGGCCGCUCGCGCCUGGAUUCCGGAGGACCGACCACAGCUCCAUCCCUUCGACUCGGACGAUGAUGAUGAAGUCGAGCGAGCCGACGCCUUAGAAGAGGCUUACAACUUCCGCUUCGAAGACCCGAACAAGCUUAACGAGACAUUGCGAACACACGCACGUGAUGCAACCAACAAGAUGUCCGUCCGCCGAGAGGAGAAGAGCUCGCGGAAGAAGAUCAGAGAGGCUGAACGUCAGCAGAGGGAGGAGGAAAAGAAGCAGCGGGAAGCUGAAAAGAACCGUCUGCGCAAGCUGAAGACUGAGGAGCUGCAGAACAAGGUCAAGCAGAUCAAGGAAGUGGCAGGUCUCCGAGCGUCCAAAUUCACUGACAAGGACUGGGCAGCCUUCCUUGACGCUGCUUGGGAUGACAAGGAGUGGGAGAAGGAGAUGGAGAAACGAUUUGGAAACGAUUACUACGCAGACGAGGAAGAUGGCAAGAAACACCCUAAAAAGCCUGAGUGGGAUGACGACAUCGAUAUUAAAGACCUCAUCCCCGACUAUGAAGAUGAGGAAGGCCCGCCCGCUUUGGGUUCGGAUGAUGAAGAUGAUGACGCUGAUGAGGGUGCUAAGAAGAGCAAAGCCCAGGAAAAGCGUGACCAAAAACGAGAGGCUCGCAAGGAUCGUCUCCGUGUCGAAGAAGCUGUUGAUCGUAAUCUGGAUCUGGAUAUCACCCUGCUUCCGGGCGCUACCAAGAAGAACGCAACACGAUUCCGCUACCGUGAAGCCUCUCCUGAGAGCUUUGGAUUGACCGCGCAGGAUAUCCUUAUGGCGAGUGACUCGCAGCUCAAUCAAUUUGCUGGUCUCAAGAAACUUGCCUCCUUCCGUGAUGCCGAGAAAAAGGCCAAGGACUCUAGAAAGCUUGGCAAGAAGGCUAGAUUGCGUCAAUGGCGAUUGGACACAUUCGGCAACGAGUCAGGACCGGUCUUUGAUCUUGGUCAGCAAGAACCUAGUGGCAAGGCGAAGGCUGGCGACAAUGACGAGCGGGAAACGAAGGUGGAUAUCCGCGAAGGAGAUGGACGCAAGAAGCGCAAGCGCUCUAAGAAGCACUAA